AAUAGGAUCAGGGCAGCUUUAUAAGUCCAGCAGAAAAUAAUCUGAUAUGGUCAUUGUAUACCGAGGCUCAAAGUGCAAGCAUGGCUCUCAUUCUAGAGUUUAUAGCUCUUUUUUGCAUUACCAUUUACGCGUACCUGGAAGCAUUUGUGAAAUUAUUUAUCCCACAGAGAAAGAAAUCUGUUAGUGAAGACAUCGUACUGAUUACUGGAUCUGGACAUGGCAUUGGGCGGCUCGUAGCCCUCGAGUUUGCCAGAUUACAAAGCAUUGUGGUGUUAUGGGAUAUCAACAAGAUAUCUGCAAUUACAAAUAUAUGUUUUUUUGUCAUAUUUGCUUUUAGUGCCAGCAAAUUUGGAGCCGUUGGUUUUCAUGAGUGUAUGACUGCAGAACUUGCUUCCCUUGGAAAAGAUGGUAUUAAAACCUCUUGUUUAUGUCCAGUGUUUGUAAACACCGGAUUUGUCCAAAAGCCAAAUACAAGAUUAUGGCCCGUACUGAAACCUGAAGAUGUCUCUAGGAGUUUUGUGGAUGGAAUACUAACAAAUAAGAAAAUGAUUUUAGUUCCUUCGUAUGUAAAAACCUACCUGGUGCUGGAAAAAUUUCUUCCUCAGAGGGUGAUAGAUAGAAUAAACAAGAUGCAAGAUGUACAGUUUAGCACUGACUUAAGAAGUGCAUCCAAGACCAAAUAA